AUGAAAGAAGCAACUGAAACAGUUGAAAAAAAAAGAAAAAGGACUGAUAACAUUGAUGAGCCUAAAGAAGCAAGUAAAUUAAAAAAAAAAAUAGAAUUUGAAAAUGAUGAUGAAUAUGAAAAAUAUCUUUUAAAUAAUUUUAAAAAGAAUGAUGAAAAGGAAUAUGUUUUUUCAGAAUUUGUAAAAAUUUUUUAUAAUGAGAUUAAAAAAUAUAAAACAGUAGAUGAAAUGGCAAAUGAAAUAAAGAAAUUGGCUUUUCAGAAUAUUUCAAGAAAUUUAGAAAUAAUAUGUAAUAACGAAUGUACUAGUUCGUUUUUUAUUGAAAAAUUUAGAGUUAAAUAUAUUAAUGAACAAAAUAUAUUAAAUAUAAAAUCUUCUCAAAACAAUUUUAAGGAGUUUAUGAUAUUAUAUAAUAAUAAUAAUCAUUUUAAUGAUUUUGGUUUAGAAAUAAACACAAAUAUAGAAAGCAAAAGUGAAGAACAAAAUGAACAUAUAGAAGAACAAGAAAAUGAAAAUAAGGAAAAGAAAAAUAAAGAUGAAAUUUCUAAUAUUUUAACGAAAGAUAACUUUUACAAAACACAUAUAUGGAAGGAAAAAAUAAAAUGCAAAAUUGAAAAUAUUAAUGAUAAUAAUAUUUUAACAAAAAUUGUAAAUUAUUUAACAAGUAUAUCAUUACACUUCGAUCAUAUACCAAUUAAACUGACAAAAUUUGAUAUUAUUAAAAAAUUAAAUGAUUUAAAUUAUGAUAUUAUGAAUAUAAAUAUAUGGGAUACUUACAAUAUAAAAGAAACCAGGUCAUCUGAUUUUUUUCGAAAAGCUAAUGUAUAUUUUAAAAAUCAAAAUAAAACGAAUGAAAUUUUAAAUUUAAUACGUGAAAAUCCAUCUUCUAUUGAAGUUAAUGGUUAUUUUUUAAAUGAUAUUAGAAGAAAUAACUAUAAUUAUUUAGAUUUAAGAAUUUGCCCACCUAUAUGUUCGCAUAUAGAAAGAAUUAAAAUAGAUUAUGAAAAUGCGAAAAAAUUAAUUAGAAAAUUAGAUAAGUCAUGCGAAAUAAAUUUAUAUUUAUUAGAAAAUUUAAAGCAAGACAGAUUUUUAUUUGAAAAGCUAAAAAAAAGAAAAAUUUUGAAUAAUAAUUAUGUAAAUGAAAAUAACGAAAUGAAUAUAGAAGAAAAAAAUGAAAAAACAGAAAUAGAGAUUAAUGAUAAUGAUAAGAAUAGAGAGAAUAAUAAUUCCACUAACAUAGAAAAUUCCUUAGAUGAUAAAAAAGUAAACCUUUUAAAUAAUAAUGAUUCUGAUGAAAGUCCCAUAAUACAAAUUGUUGAGGAGAAUAAAGAUAUGGAUAUAACUAAAAAACUAGAUAUAUUAAUUUUAUAUUUAAGAUUUGUUCAUAAUUUUUGUUAUUAUUCAGCUAGAAAAUAUAAUACAUAUGAUGAGAUGGUAAGAGAAUGUGGUUACUUUUAUUUAAGAGUUAACUUAGAUAAAAGCUUUUUUAGUAAUUUAAUACCAAUAUUUUAUGAAAAUUAUAAUAUAAAAAAAUUAGAAUGUUAUGUAAAUGAAAGCAUUUUAGAAGAAUUUUCAAAUUCUAAAAGUGAAAUAGAAGAAAAAAAUCUAAGUAGUUUUAAUAGCAAAAAAAUGCAUGAUAACUUAAAUUAUUUACGUAAUGAAAAUAGUAAAGAAGAAAAAAGUGAUAAUAAUAUAUUACAGAAUAUGAAAAAGAAGUUUAAUGAUGAAUUGGUAUCGGAUUAUCAGUUAAAGUGGUUAAUUAAUUUUGAUGAAGAAAUUAAUGAUGCGUUAAAAGCUAAUUAUAACCAAAAUAUUGAUAUAGAAAAAACAAAAGAAUUUUUUAGUAUUCUCAAAAAGAAUUAUAUAUUAAAAACUAAUAAUAAUCAAAAUGAAAUAAGAUGUGCUAAAUGUAAAAAACUAUUUCAUAAUAUAAAAGAUGUUCCAAAUCAUAUUUUUACUAAACACAAUCAAAUUAAAAUGAAAUUAAUAACUGAAACCGAAGUAGAAAUUAUGAAAAGAGUUUUUUUUGAAUCCCCCCAUAGUUUUCAUUUUUUUUAUAUGAUGGAAAGAAAAUUCAAUUCUAACUCAAGAAAUUAUUUAAAUAAAAAUUUUUAUAAAAGAAAUAAAAAUUAUAAAAAUGAAAAUUUUCAUUUAAUACCAAACAACGCAAAAAAUGAUUAUAAAGAUUUUGAUGAACCUAAUUUACCUGUUUUCGAAAACUUAAAACAUGAUGCAAAAAAAAAAAAUGAUUUUUAUGAUGACACGUAA